CGUCUCGCAGUCGCGGCUCAUCGGUGGUUCAACGAUCGCGGUCCGUGGCGUCGAGAGAGAAACAGAAGUUUUGUUUGUCCCCGUUCUCGCGCCUGUUUAUAACUGAUUUCGCGACCCGGUGAAUUCCGUGCAAACCCCGCGACGAUGAGCGCCGAGGAAGAGGUAUUGCGUAUCCAGAAGAAGCUCAACAAGAUGUCGAGCGGUGACGGGACGGGUCAGGAACAAGCUUUGGAAUUGCUCAAGAUACUUCAGAAAUUGCCCGUUGAUUUGGAACUCUUGACCAAGACACGCAUUGGAAUGACUGUGAAUGCCUUGAGGAAGUCGAGCAGAGACGAAGAAGUUAUUUCUUUAUCAAAAACUCUGAUUAAGAAUUGGAAAAAGUUCUUAUCUGGGUCUAAUAAAGAGAAGGAUUCUACUUCAUCGAGUAGUUCAAAGAAGAAGGAUGAAAAAUCAGACAAAGGAAAGGAGGAUGGCGAUCAAAAGAAGGAAAAGGAUAUGACGGAUGCCACUGAUGUCAAAGUAAAGGAAGAGAAGCCAAACAAAGACAUUCAGAGAAAACAGGCAUCCUUCCCUGCUCCUACAACAACAGAUGCAGUCAGAUUAAAAUGCAGACAAUUAUUAGCAUCAGCUUUAUGUGUAGAUGGGAAAAUCAUUGAUGGUUGCGCCAGUCCAGAAGAAUUGGCAGAAGAAUUGGAAGAGGCAAUCUAUGCAGAAUUUAAAAAUACUGACAACAGAUACAAAAAUAGGGUACGUAGUAGAGUCGCCAAUUUACGUGACGCGAAGAAUCCCAAUUUGCGAAUGAAUUUUGUCGUGGGCGCAAUCACGCCCGCUAGACUCGCGGUGAUGACGGCGGAAGAGAUGGCAAGCGAUGAAAUUAAGCAGCUGCGCGAACAGUUCAAGAAAGAGGCCAUCAAUGACGCGCAACUCGCCACUGUGCAGGGAACCAAAACUGAUUUGCUCAAAUGCGGUAAAUGCAAGAAGCGUAACUGCACGUAUAACCAGGUGCAGACUCGCUCAGCCGAUGAACCGAUGACCACCUUCGUGUUGUGUAAUGAAUGUGGAAAUCGAUGGAAAUUCUGCUAAGUCCCGCGUCUCCGAAUAUUGUUUCUUGAUCUACGACGCGAUCGUAAAACGAUGAAAUAAAUUUUUCAAUCCUAGAAUUCGAUACAAGACGAGUCGAUUAAUCAUCGGGAAAAUGUAUAUGUCGGAUCUUCAAGAUCUUGUCAUUAAGAAACAAGAUUUUUUUUAAUUAUAUAUAUAUAAUGCAAAUCGUAUUUUUUAUGUGCUUCAAAGAAUUUCUUCAUAAAAAAUAUAUUUCUCAAUUGAGGUAAUUUAUUCUCUCAAAAUUUUAGAAUUGAUUAUAAAUUCUAUUUUAUAAUUUUUUGCCUUAAUAAUUUCAAUAUUAUCUGAGAUUAUUUUUUAUUGAAGAUCUACAGAAUUGUGCUAAACAACAAUGCACGACAGAUUGUAUAUUAAGGAGUCCGGUGGAUCUAUAGUAACAUUUUCCUUGAAUCAAUUUCCAUACCACUGUACAUAUUGAAGUCGAUUUAUUAGAUUUUAGCUUUGCACUAGAGAGUUCAAAAAGUUUUUGGAAAUUGUCUCAAACUUUCAAAGUGUGGAAAUCUAUAAAUAUAUACAUAUACAUACAUAUAUAUAUAUAUAUAUAUAUAUAUAUAUUUAUAUAUAUACACUUAUUACAAUACGUAAACUGCAUUUUAAUUAAAGCCUUUUUAUUCCAAUUGCGAUUCAUGCUAUGCGAUAUUGACUAUUGUCAACUUCAUUAAGUUUUCACUUUAGUGAACAUAAUCAUGUGGUAUAAAUCAUUUUAUCACUGUGUUGUAUGAAUAAUGUCGAAUGUCUACAAGAGCUAUGAAUUGCAUCUGUAUCUCUAAAAUAUACAGAUAUGUAUGAAAUAAUGUUCAAACUUUGUGAUUACCUAUCUACUUGUAAUAUUCUGAAUUUUUCAAUUUUUUUUAUAAACAAAUUUAUGUUCAA